ACAAAAUAAAAUAAGAAUCACAAUGUUUGCGAAACGAUUUGUUUUGGUAAUGGUUAACUUUUAUUUGAAUGUAAAUUUUACGAACGCAUUCUCAAAAAUAUUGCUCAAAAUAGAAGACCCCGAUGCUAUAAGCAAUGAUUAUUAUGAAAGCUUUAUCGAUAAAACGGAUUACCGAAACUUUAGAACGUACGAUGACCUAGAGUUAAUAAGUAAAGCUCUUGAAAUUAUAAAAAAAGAAAAAAGUGAUAGUACGGCUCUAGAAAUAAACAAAUGUCUAGAUGUUGUAAAUAUGAAAAAGAAACUCAACUGUAUUAAAAGACUUAUAUACAAAGAAAAAUCUGAUAGUGAUAAUAAAAAGCCGUAUUUCUAUACGAAAUUAUUUAAUGAUGAACCAUUUCCUUUAAUGAAAUACAAGCAUAACCUCGAUAAUGGUUUCGUUGAUUUGACUAAAUCGGGAAACGAUGCAAAAAGGACGUUUCAUACUCUAUUUAAAUUUUCCGAUGACUAUUUAGAUAUUAACGACCUAUUAAGAGCUGGUACAGAAAUGGUUGAUGAAAAAUCAAUAGCACCGAAUAAAAUAAAAAUCCUAGAUGAAGCUCAAAGUUUGAGACAGUUAAAGAAUUUCUCCCAAGAUUAUUUAGAUGUUAACGAUAUAUUAAGGACGAGUAAAAAUGCUAAAUCGACACCAGAAAGAAUAGACAAUGAGAAGGCUAAAAUGAAUGUAUACGUUUUUAAGCUUCUACCAAUUAAGGAAGGGGUGAAAAUUAUGAGAAGGUAUAGAACUAUUGACACCAAAGGCAAUGAAAAUAAGAACAUACUGAGAUCAGCUUCAGAAGAAAACGAUUCAAGUUCAUCCAGCGAAUCUUCAGAAUCAAAAGAAGAAAGAGUAAUAAGAAAAGGUAAAAAAUGGAAGAGACCGAAAAGAUUUCAAGUUAUCAAUAAAAGCGUUGAAGAGGACGUAUCCUCUGAAGAGGACAGCAGCAACGAAAGCGAUAUACCGAUUCAAAGACCUAUAGAAGUACCGAAGAGGGGGAAGAAAAUGGUCUUUUAUAUGCAAGCACCUGGUAGAAUAUAUAAAACAGAAAAAGAGAGUAGAAGAAGACUCCCUCAUUUCUUCCCAAAAAGGUACCAUUGGAAUGAGGAGGAAAUGAAAGACUUGAGGGAUUAUUGGUUUAACGGACCGCAGGGGAAAUACCGGGGGCACUAUAAAACACCUUAUUAAUUAAACUAAGUAUUUUUAUAUA